AUGUGGGCCGAUAAACCGCGUAGACUAGUUGCUGAUUAUGGUCGCAUUUUUGUGCCAGUAUCACUAAUGCAUUACCAAAUCAUCGUACACUUGAUGGUUGACCACCAAACAUUGCAAACUUGCAAAGUGCUAUACCUGUUUCAGCGUCGAAUCCUGCCAAAGCCCCUGCGAGGUUCAAAGAAAGUCCCAAUGAAGCAGAAGAGGCCACGCUCUCGUACUCUUACUGCUGUUCAUGAGGCAUGGCUCGACGAGAUGGUGUUUCCAGCUGAGGUUGUUGGCAAACGCACUCGAGUCAAGCUCGAUGGAAAGAAGCUUUUGAAGGUAUACGCUCUUUUUUCUCCUUCAUUCUGA